GCAGGUUCCAACCGCCCCCUAACCUUAGAUCCUUCCAGCACUGACACUCCCCAAUCGCAUCUCCUCUCCUGUUUCUGAGUCGAAACAGAGACGGAAGAAUGUUCAGUACGCGUAUCUCGAAUGUGUAGAUUGGGGCAUCUCAUCUUGGAUCGCGGCAAGGGACUUCUCAUGUGCUGGUGUUUGGCAAGAGAACUGAUUAGCCAUGCUUCAAAAUCUCACCCGGACCCACAGGCUUGGAUAGGCAUGGCCUGCGACACUUCUUCCGCUCCUGCUUACCCUUGGUCGGUAUACAACGUUACGAAAUACGAAACAAUGAGCAGCCUGGACAUAAAUAUGCAAAAGCCCCAGAUACGCACUCGAUUACUUUGAUCUUGCUGAGAUUCGUCGUCUGUUGUCUGAGCAUUCCGGCACCAGACAUUCAGCAGUCGAAG